ACGUGCGACUCACGUGACCCACACUCGCAGACACCACACAAAAAGCUUAUUCAUUGACUCAUAGAGUGAAUGACUAAUCGUUUGUCUCGUAUUUUGAUAACCAUUUGUACCGCAAAUCCAUUGUCUGUAUCGCACUCUUGACGCCCAUCUAACCAUUCAGUGGACCACCGGAUCAAGUGUUUGGUGAUCCAACACCACUUCAGCUGACAGUCAACGAGUGGAUUAUCAACGGAUCGACUGGUGGACAGGCAAUGGACUCGCAAUCGGACCACAAACCCAUCAUCAAGCCAUACGUCUCGGAAGACGGCCAAUGGAUUCGCUAUAUGUUUGGCACACAGAUAGCCGUCUAUCAGGUGCCGGACAGCGGCCACAAGCGGGCCCUGAAGUUCAAGAGCUCACCCGCCGGUGACAACGUCUUCAUCGGACACUUCCCUCUCGAGGACACGGACGUCGAGGUCUGGGUGGACAACAUCCACGGCCAACGGGACAUACGGUACGACAUACGGCUGACGGACGCCUACCGUUAUGAGUACGACCUCCGCGCGGGUGACCACUGCCAGCACCGGAGUCUCAGCCUAAACGGGCAUCAGUUGCACGUGAAGUCCCUGUCGGUCAAGUCGUGCCAACGGCUGGUGCAGCGGAUUGUGGACAGGCGUGCGGUGACGCCGGCGCAGGCGGCCUACGACUCGUCGCGCGUGAAGUUCGCCCUUCAGAUACAGAAGCCGUUUGAGGUGUUGGGCGCACGCAUACGACUGGCCGUCGAGUACAGCGCCCGGCGCUUCCGUGCCGUGGAUGAGCCGCCCGUCCAGUGCGAGGCCUUCGAGGUGGACGUCGGCCUCGACAACACUGUCGCCCAACUCAAGGACCUCAUUGAGCGCCAGGAGGGUAUCGGCGCUAAGAGUGUGCGCCUAUUCCGCGACCAGUCGCUCAUGAAGGACCCCAUAAGGCUCGCCGACUAUCGCCUGUUCCACGGCUCGCGGGUUCAGCUGUUGCCGCGUCUGUUGGGCGGCUGUCCCCUGAAUGAGGAGGUGCUGACCGAUAUGUACGGCCCGCGAGGUAUACUAUGUUUGGGGCGUCGCGUGAAUCAACACAUUCACCACCAGAUCGACGACUUUAAACCGGAUGACAGUCUGGUUGUGGAGCCGUUUGUCAUCGAAAUGCGAUACGACCCCUAUGUGUAUAACACUCGUAAUCAUGACUACUGGCGCUCGAGAGGUGUUCCCGGCCCUAAACCGCAGCCAUUCCUCGGGAACCUCUUAGAGGUGUUCCGAAAGCCAUUGUCUGAUAUUGAAGAGCAACGGUUCAGA